GAAAUGCCAGCGAGUCAACAACACUGGAAAAUUAAAGGAGCCGUCACCUGUUUCAUGUUUAUAAUGAAGCCGAUACAUAAAGUCAUUUGUUUGACUCCGUAAACAAAGUUCCAGUAUUGAAUGUUCAUAUACUUUACAGGUGUACUCCCACCUUUCAGCUCCUCAGUGAAUUGACAACGGGAACGGAAUUUCAUGCAGAUCACUGCUGAUGAGGUGAGUUAGUGAUUCCACCAUCUGAUUCACAACGAUUUAUGCUUGCAGUAAUUUUUGCCAAGGUUAACAUGAGGUAAGUUCCACUGUCUGUUUCAUAAUGAUUUUUUUGGCUCCAGGUUCAAUGCUAAAUGAAAUGACAAGUGAUGCUCCCAUUUUAUAAGCAGUAGAAUGCCUUUACCCAUUAUUGUAGCAGAAAAAAAGAAUACCCAAUUUGCUCUAUUCUGAUUAAACGAUUGUUGCUUACAAAAUACUGCAUACUGGAACACCCUCCCCCAAUGAUUUAUUUUUGUCCAGUUUUGUCUCCUUGAAGUUUAAACAUGGCAAAUUAAAGCUAAUUUUAUAUCACUUUGAUGGUACUGCAGUAUCCACAUUUAUAUUAAUCAUUCAUUUACAAUUAUGUUCAUAUUUCAUAUGCAAAUGUUUGAAAAUUUUCCUGAAAGUUUUAUGCAUUAUGUGUACCUAACAGUAACAAAAUGGAGUGAUUUAUAUAAAAUGAAUAUAUAAUGUGAGAAAAUGCAACAGACCAGAUUAGGGGUUUGAUUCUGAGUCCUCAGAAUCUCUGGUCAGUCGCUUUACCUACUCAGCUUUCUGGUUACCUGUGAUCAAGCUCUGUUGGUUACUACAUUCCUCCCUCCUUAAAGGUCUUUGCUCUUGAAGACCCAUAACCUGGGAUCUUUCAUCCUAUAAACCCAUAACCUAGGAUCUUUCAUCCUAUAAACCCAUAACCUAGGAUCUUUCAUCCUAUGUAGGCUUCUCAUCUAUCUGUAAGUUCGAGGGACUGGCGUUUCGCACUGACUAUCGCAGGGGUGUAGAAAAGGCAAAGGACUAGUCUGGGAUUUGAACCUGGGCCCCUGGAAUAUUUGGUCGAGUGUUUUACUAACUGAGCUAUUUGACUGCUGAGCUGCAUCAUUCCUCCCUCUUUAAAAGGCCCUCACCCAAAAACAACCAGGCUUUCCCCAGCAGGCAUUUUCAUUUGUGUAAAGGAUGGAGGGAGAAAAUGCAACAGACUACAUUGGAAUUCAAACUAGAACCCUCUGAAAACUGAGCUAUCUAAUUCUUGCCUCUGAUGGUUUAGCCACUACACAUAUAUUGUGCUAACAGUCUAAGAGAGAUCUGUGCUAUAGAUUUUCUAAACUGUUCCCUCUUUGAGAAUAUCUCCCUUUAAUUCAGGGUGAUAGAACAGAUAAUCGGUUUUGUAUAUGUAUAUAUAUUUAGUGCUUCCCUGCAAAGAAAUGUGAAAAGCUCUGCCCACAUGUGGAAUUCAGAAACCAUUGACUUCAAAUUAAUGCACACACAUUGUCAAUUUAGAUAUCGUCAAACUUCCGUGAUCUUUAUAUCUACAUACAUCAAAGCGAAGGCACAAGACACGACCAUUUAUAAUAAUUCCUAACGGACCUUUUCUUCUGAUAUAAACCCAACUUCUGUGUCUGUAUUGUAAGGAACUGCGUGAGUCCAAGUCUCCCAGAAGCCAUAUUUAAUCAUUUACUUAUUGAUUGGACUUAUUAGGAAGUAGGUGCACGGCUAUGUUUCACUUUAUGGCAGGUCUCAUCACUGCUGUUGUGCUUGACUGAAGCUCAGUUUUAUAAUAAAACCUGCUCACUUACUGUCAGAAUGUGUAUGUAUAUAUAUAUAUAUAAUCGUGUCGAGUUGGAAUCAAUAUCAGCAUUGUCUGUAAAACUGCCAUGAAAUUUCAUAUUGCUCCUAUUAACUAGUACAUGUAGAUAAAAUAGUUAAUACCAAGUCCAAUGAAGAUUGAUCAGUUCCAAAUCACAUGAAUUGUCCUCACUCUAGAAGCAUUACAAAUAUUUCACCACAAAGAGGAAUUUAUUUCUUAACAGAAGAUAUAUAUAUUUUGAAAUAACUUUUCAGAUAAAAAGAUUUUAUAGUUUUUCAUCAAAAAGAAAAAGAAAAAGAUACAAAAUAGAAAAGGUGAUCUAUCUGAUAUACAAGGAAAUGGCUUUUAUACAGAUAAUAUUUUAAAUCUGAAGUGGUAUAUCUCUUGUUCUUCUGUAAGAAAAAAAAGAAGAUAUUUCUAUAAAUGUUAAAGAAGUUACUAAAAUAGCUUGUCAUUAAUUUACAGUAAUGUUACAAUUAAGACAUCUUCUGAGUUAGAAGAGAAUUGAUAGAGAGCGUGUAGAGUAAUUUCUAUAUUUAGGUACAUCGAGUAUCAAUAGUCAACAGAAUUUUUCCAGUUGACUUUAUUUGGUCUGGGCUAUUAUUUGUGAUUGUGACGGGGACAAUCUGUUGGUUUUUAUUUGUGUGUGUGUUUUCUUCUUUGAAGGGGUCCUUUGCCUUGUUUACUCUGAGUCUGAAUGAUGAAGUCUCCAAGAAAAAAAACCCGACAAUGGCUGGAUUACUGGGCAAACAGUAUUUAACUUUUAAUGUGUUUCUCUGGUAACAGCUGUUAUGUAGGGUUGGGCUGGCCUGUUAUUGUAUCCUGCUCACUGUCCACAAAAAGGAUGGCCACACCACCCUAACAUCUAAUUGAAUUUAUCAACUCUUGUGUAAAAUUAAAUACUCUUUCAUCCCAAUUUGUAAGAUUUUCUAUACUUUUUUUAAAAACAGUAUUUGUACCUGGUGUUUAAUUUAAGGUUGAAACCUUUUUGUUCUCUAAGAAUUUAUUUUCACCUUUUGAGGGAAAACUUGGAGAAAUUUAAUGCCAUGUUUUAGUAAUAGAAAGAGUAUAACAUUAUUACACCAGUGCUAUUGUUAGGGACACAAGAACUCUACAGUUCAGUAAAGUUAGGUUGUAUCUAAUCUUGACUAGCAUUGAUGAAGGAAAGAAGGGAGAGGAAAAAUUGCCUGUCCGGUGAGCUAUUGAACAGCUUUGGGAGAUAGGAUUAGAGUUUUCACUUCAAAGAUCACAAUUACCAGGAAAAUGCUCCAGGACUGAUGCUUUUGUGGAGAGAAAUCACAGAGCUGAUCCAGAUCAGGUUGAUGAAGGGGAAAUCAGUCGGAUGUGUCCAUCAUCCUGAGGAGAACCAGUUUAUAAGUGUUAUGUGAUCUCGGAUUUUGUUUUCAUCGGAAAAUUUACCCAAUUUAGGAUAGAUCUGAACAGAGAUUGGUGCAGUGAGAAAUUUUGGGUCUGAUGUGGAACGUGUAGAACUGAAGGAGGAUGUGAAGGGUAACAGAUAAACAGUGCUAACCGAUCCUGAGGGACAGAAAAUUUCAAAUUUAUCAAAUUGGAAAGGAACACCAGCGGAGCUGCUGAAAGAGUCCUUGAUAUUUUGGUACCAUGGCUAACACUGCACCACUUGUUUACGGUUUUGUCUUUGCUUUCCUCCUCCAGAAAGUGUCUGGUGGACAGUAUCUUUUGGAGGGGCCGGUCAGUCAGAAGGCUAGCAUUGGAGGAAGGAUUCUAUUGAAGUGUGUGGUGAAGAAUCGCUCUGGCAUCGUCCAGUGGACUCAGAAUGGAUUCGGUCUGGGAAAUGAACGAGACCUGCCUCCGUAUUCUCGUUACAGAAUGGUGGGGGGCACAUCCAAGGUCAACAAUGAUGUCAUCGAGGAGUUUAGUUUAGAGAUCACCAAUGUCCAGUUAGAGGAUGAUGGGAAAUACAAUUGUCAGGUGACCCCUACAGAUGAUGACCCCCGAGUGUUGCUAAGCGAUGAAGUUCAAGUUACAGUCAUAGCUCCUCCCAGCAAUCCCAUAAUAGAUGGGGGCCCGAUCAAGUCCCUUGUGCUUGGAGUACCCACCAACAUCACCUGUAUGGCAGAUGGAGGGAAACCUGCUCCUCAGAUGUUGUGGUACAAGGAGGGAUCGGGAAGAAUCACAAACAACACUUACACCACCGGUACCACUAACGAACUUACCAAGGUCACAGAUAUUAUCGGUACUUUGACCUUGAAGGCUACCAACGAAGACCACGAGAAGAAAAUCGAGUGCCGUGUCAAAAAUGAAGCACUACGAGAACCCCUAAGCACCUCUGUGAUAUUGAAUGUGCAAUAUAAACCACGAAUCAACAUCAGCCACAAUAUAACCCGUCCCCUGAGAGAGAACGAUUACGUCAGGUUCUCCUGUGACGGGGACGCCAAUCCGAGGGAGGUCCACUGGAGGUGGCUGAGGGAUGGUCAUACAAUCAGGGGACAGACCAGGAGCUACAUAGAUGUCCCACAUAUAUCGAGCAAGUACCACCAAAACACCAUCAUCUGUGAGGCGACCAACUCCAUUGGUAGCAGCACCGCCAAAAUGACGCUGGAAGUACUGUAUGAACCUAAAUUUUAUGGGGUUAACCAGUACAUUCCUGUGGACCUGAACAAAUCUGUGACCUUGACCUGCAAUGCCACUGGUAACCCUCAGCCCCAGAUUCGAUGGCAGCGGUCAGACAACCCAGCUCCUCUUAGUGAGACGACAACCUUAACCAUCUCUAACAUCAGAAGGCAGGACCUGGGAAUGUACAUUUGUGAGGCCAGUGCUCUCUAUGGAGCUUUCACUACCAAGAAAUUAGAUGUGUAUCUACUUCUCAAAGGUCCUCCAGAAAUCAAGAGCAAGGCCACUCAAUACGCUGAGCCUGAGCUGGACGGCAAAGUGUCAUGCUUGGUGCGAUCUGUUCCCAACCCUGACCAGAUCUUGUGGAUUAGGGGAAAUAAAAUCAUUGACUACGCACAGUCAGGGCGGUACUCAGUCACGCAAACUCAGAUGGCUGAUGGUGUGGAAAACAUUCUCCACAUCACCCACCUGACUCACGGGGACUUUGGGGACUACAUAUGCACAGUGUUCAAUGGUUACGGAAAUGACACCAUGACAAUUACCUUGGCCGAGACAGAGAGUUUACAUUUAAGUUACAUCAUCGGUGCGAUUUGUGGUGGUGUGGCAGUGCUGUUGUUCAUCGCGGGAGCCUGCAUUCUGUAUCACAGAUUUAAAUCUUCCGACAAUGAAUCUUACGCAGAGACAGACAGCCACACGGAAUUCAAAAAACGAGAAAAAUCUGAUUCACCGUCUGAUUUCACAAAGUCUACUCUGAUGGAUGAGUGGCGACAAAAUCUCAAUUAUCAUUGUCCAACAGAAUACGAUGAUAUCAACAACAUCAAUAAUGUCUAUAAUGAUCCCAGGAUAAAUUCCAGUGGUUAUGGGACAUUAAAAUCAGACCAUAUAAUAAAUGGGUAUGAAAAUCACAAUGGACACUUAUUUAGUGACUACACCCAUAGGAGCGAUGAAUCACUUCCUGUUGAAAAUGUUAGUGUAUACAACACAAAUAACUAUGGGACCAGCACUUUCAGAAGUGGAUCUCAAACUGACUUUACGAAGCCGGACUAUGGCAGUGACCCUUACCGAUUACCGCCUGCCAACUUAUCGACCACACAACUGGCAACAAAUGUCUGAAAAUGACAAAAAACUUGGAAGUCACCUUUGGCUAUUUUACACCACAUUCAAAGAAACAAGCCGAAAUCACUGUUUCACAAUAUACAACCCUAAAGACAAAACAAUGCAAUUCUUUCAUUCAUCUGCUUUCCAUUUACUCCGAGAAGGACUUUUAUAGAUAUUGGUGGAUGUGGUAAAGGGGUUUGGAUACUCAUGUGAAAAAUUUGUACCCAUUCAAAUUGCUGAUCAUUAAAUGAACAGACAGAAUUCCAUAUACAAGUGAUUGUUACAUUGUCAGCGAUGGCAGAGCAUUUGAAGACGGGAGAGAUUUACAGACUUGUUGUAAACGUCUAGCUGUCUGAGUGUAGUAGACAUUUUGUGAUAUGUGAUGCUAUUACAGGAUACAGAGCAUUAUAAAUGCAGACGGACAUUUUUACACAUACUGUUGGGCAGAUGGAGAACUGACUGGUUCAGUCACAGUAAGCUUGAUGACAGGGGUUGUGUUUCAUAUGUUCAUGUUUCAGGAAUAUUUUAGUGCUGAAAGCGUUUUUAUAUAUAUAUAUAUAUGUAACUGGGAAAAAAAUUGUUUUAUCUUUUCGUUUGUCAACAACUACUGAAGAUGUUGCUGGACAGCACAGUAUAUACAGGUAUUGUUGCCAAGCAACUUUUUUUUAAACAGAAGUUAAACAAACAUAUGAUCCACUUCAGAAGAUUUUGAGAAGAUUUGGUUUUCUGUGUCCCUUUUUUCUGUUUUGAUCUCUUAUCUGCCAACUACCAGCACAGUAAUGAUGCUACAAACACACGGUGGCCAUUGGUAGAAUUCAUGAAACAUUCCAGCUACUUCUAAGUGCAGUAGUUCCACAUUUUAGAUGGAUUUGUAUUUCAUUUUUCAUCAGUUCUCUCACCUUCACCUAUUCCACACAUACUGAGUUAUUUCAUACUGUUUUGGGUUCAGAGCUAUAAUCUUCAUGAAUUGAAACAUUUUCACCUGAUUUUACCACUAUCCCACAAUCACCAACAGGAGUUUGCAGUCAAUUUCAUCAUGCACUGCUAAACUUGUCCUAUUCUAUGCAGACAGUAUCACUGCAAGACACAACAAAUUCCGGUGAUGACAAUGAAUACAGUUAAUGAACUAAACAUAACUCAAAAUUCUAGUCAAACUAUUCAGCAAUGGCAUUUGUUACAUUUAGUGUAGGUAGUUUACCGAUGCAAAGAAUUAAAGUUUUCACGUGUACAUGCUGAUACACACUGUGUGUAUACUAUGUGUGGCUAUUUAAUGUUAAGUUUUAGUUGAAGGCAGUGUGCAAUGUCAUUGUUAUUUUCUUUGUCUAUGGUAUUACUAACAGGUGUUCAUGGAGUUGAUUUUAGUCCCAGUUAUUGCUUCUAUCUUAUUUCUUCCCAUAUUUUCUGUGUCUAGAUUUUGUGUUGACAAACUGUGUGUGUGUUUGUGUAUGUGUGUGAUAGAGAGAGAGAGAGAGAGAGAGAGAGAGAGAGAGAGGCAUGCUAAAAGUGAAGUUUUUAAUUUUUUUUUAUUUAUAAAGGUCACAAAUUAUUUAUGCUGUUUUUUUUUUAAUUAUUUUAUAUGUGACAGGAUGUAUUUACAUGUUGAUAAGCUUAUUUAAGUGACUGAUGUAUUUAAUAUUGAGUGAUGUUUCAUUUUUCACAUGUGUAGAAAGUUUCCAAAAUCACAAAAAUCAAAGGAAGAAUGUACUGGAAAUAAAAUCUUGUCCAAAUAAUAAAAA